UCGGGUGAGAGGCGGGUCCUGCAGGCGGCAGCCAGAGCUGCGCGCCGCGGCGGCGGAAGAUGGCUGCGGCCGAGGUGGUGGACACUCAGCUGAUGCUUGGAGUCGGGCUGAUCGCACUCACCAAGGACCCAGGGGCCGUGGGAAACGUCUGACGCGCACUUCACGGAGGAGCAAAUGGAGGCCCAGGCCGUCAUUGUGCACCGACACACUAUAGGCAGUACAGAGCCGGGCGUGGGACCCUCGCAGUGUAGCCCAGAGCCCCCAACCCCCACCAGUGGAGAGCUCCUGCAUCAUGUGAUCGAGCUUGUGCAUAAAGCAGGAGUUUCUACACAAUCCUGUGAGGUGGAAUCUCGGUUAGCUCUGAGGAAUUGACCAUCUUUCCACCGUAGAAAAGGACACAAAUGGAGAAGUUCUGUGGGUGUGGUGUUAUCCUUCCACGACAGCCACAUUAAGGAACCUGCUGCUGAGAAAAUGCUGCCUUACAGAUGAAAACAAACUUCUCCAUCCUUUUGUCUUUGGUCAGUACAGAAGAACAUGGUUUUAUAUCACAACAAUUGAAGUUCCAGAGUCUUCCAUUUUGAAAAAGGUGACUCAUUUUUCUAUUGUUCUGACCACCAAAGAUUUUAACCCAGAGAAGUAUGCUGCCUUCACUAGGAUAUUGUGUAGAAUGUACCUGAAACAUGGGAGCCCAGUUAAAAUGAUGGAGAGUUAUAUUGCAGUUCUCACAAAGGGGAUAUGCCAGAGUGAAGAAAAUGGCUCUUUCCUUAGUAAGGAUUUUGAUGUCCGAAAGGCCUACCUGGCUGGCUCCAUCAAAGACAUUGUAUCUCAGUUUGGAAUGGAAACUGUUAUCUUACACACAGCACUGAUGCUAAAGAAAAGAAUUGUGGUGUAUCACCCCAAAAUAGAAGCGGUCCAGGAGUUUACCAGGACUCUGCCUGCUCUGGUGUGGCACCGACAGGACUGGACCAUCCUUCACUCUUACGUGCACCUCAAUGCCGAUGAGCUGGAAGCCCUGCAGAUGUGCACAGGUUACAUCGCUGGAUUUGUAGACCUGGAGGUGAGCAACAGACCAGACCUCUAUGAUGUGUUUGUGAAUCUGGCAGAGAGUGAGAUUACCAUUGCUCCCCUUGCAAAAGAGGCCAUGGCAAUGGGCAAACUGCACAAAGAAAUGGGUCAACUAAUUGUUCAGUCUGCAGAAGAUCCAGAGAAAUCAGACAGCCAGGUGAUACAGGAUAUUGCUCUAAAAACAAGAGAAAUCUUUACCAACCUAGCACCAUUUUCAGAAGUUUCGGCUGAUGGAGAAAAGAGAGUCCUUAAUUUGGAGGCACUAAAGCAAAAACGAUUUCCACCAGCAACAGAAAACUUCCUUUAUCAUCUAGCAGCAGCCGAACAAAUGCUGAAAAUCUGACUGUGUGACAGAAUGUAUCACUGAUGACUGAUAGAAAGCCCUCUUUCACUCUGAUUAUCCAUUAACUACAUAAAGUCCUGAAAAUAACAGAGAAACUGUUAUAUAUUUUUAAUGAUUUAUUUGCAGGUAUUGAGAUUUGACCUGAAAAACAAUGAAACACAUGAACAUACUUCUGAUUUUCUCCUAGCUGAUUAGUUUCCUGCCUGCUGUCAGUGCUGGACAAAGUGCUGUUACUACUUUAUAGAACAUUACAAAACAGCUAGAGGUCCUGGGGUAAGAGAAAAAAAGCACAUUAUGACAAAUGCGAAAGCCUUCAUUAUUACACAUUCCAGUUUCUCACUGUGUAGUCAUAAGCGAAUGGUUUACUUUCAGAAAGCUGCCUGAAAUGUCCCUUUGUAUUCUAGGAAGAACUUUAAUUCCUCCUGAGGAACUCUACUUUCUGAGCCCAACUGCUAAGUUUUCUGCGGAACUGUCUAGAAGAUCAUUCAAGAGAGCCCGUGGUUGCACUUUCUUGUAAAAGUUAAAAAAACAAACAAAAAAGGUUUUUCCCGGCUUUUGAAUAUUUUGCCUAUAUUAUGAGAGUUUUGCAUAUAUUUUAUACUUGAGUAGACAACUUUAAUAAUCCAUAUUUAUACUAUCGCAGAUGUAAGCAUUUGGCAAACGUUCAGCCAUUAGCACUCACUUAACCCUGUUAGCAAUAUUCUUUUGAAAAAGGUGCCAGUCCUUAUGUGGUAAACUAAGAAGCCCAUUGAAUAUAACAGUGUGUAGGACUGAAAUAGUGACCUUGUAUUAUUGCUAAGGGAAUAUGAGAUUAACUUCCUACAGGGGUCAAAACCAGAGAAAGGCUUCCAACAACUUUGGUGAAAGUAAUUUGGCCACAUGUCAAGCCAACUGUUUGUAUUCAUUUAUGUACCUUUUUCACAACUGGAGACCUUAACAUUGCCAAAUCAGCAUGGAGGCCUCAAUUACGUGCUUGUUAGUGUGUCAUUCAUGUUGAUUGUAAGGGAUUACUUUCACUCAGUACUGAUGGCCUUGGAAAUCUUACCUGGAAACAUGUUUGCAAAAAACAUUAUUGGAUCUUUCUUUUUUUCCUUGGUAUUACAUAUUUGUUAAAUAAAAAUUAAACACCCUCCCUUUUUGAGUGAGGGCAGGGGAGGACCUGAAAUAAGAUGAUGUUUACUAAGGCAAAUAAUUGAAAAUUAAAUCUGCACUUUAUGGAAAUGAAAAAUACUAACAUCUUUUUCCUCAUUUUUUUGUAUUACUAUAUUAGCUAAUGAUCAAAGUUGUUAAAAUUAUAAAUUUAUGAUGCAGAAAUAAAAUGGAAAUAUUUUGAUAUUCAA